UGUAAACAUUGUGAACAUCUGUGAGUUGUGUGCAUGUGGGAAGUGGGUGUAUAAAGUUUAUGACACUUGUUAUGUUAAGAAUACAAUGAUGAGCUUUAGUAAGUUGCGACACUUGUCGCGAAGAGUAAUCAGUUCGUCUCGGGUAUCACGUCAGCUGUCUCAAAAACUUACGGAAGAUGCUGUUAGUGUAAAAACUGAUACCGUUACUGAGGCUCAAAUAAGUGGAAAGCCGAAAUUAGACAGACCACCAUUCGUGAAGGGCUUAUUUUUAGGACAUUUUGACGCUAAUGUUCUAACGUAUCCAGAAGUUUUGGACAAAGAAGAAUUGCAGUCUCUUAAUGAACUCGUGGCACCCGUCGAACGGUUUUUCUCCGAAGUUGACUCAAAAGCAAUAGACCAAUCAGGAGCAAUUCCAGAUAAAAUAUUAGAGAGUCUGAAGUCAUUAGGUCUAUUUGGACAACAAAUUCCUGUUGAAUUUGGUGGCCUUGGUCUGAAUGCAACUGAGUACGCUCGGCUCGGAGAAGUCAUAGCUCUUGAUGGCUCCAUAGCUGUCACACUUGCAGCACAUCAAGCAAUUGGCUUGAAGGGAAUACUGAUUGCUGGUACUGAAGAACAGAAGAAGAAAUAUCUACCUCAUUUAGCAACUGGUGAGUGGAUUGCUGCAUUCUGUUUAACAGAACCUUCCAGUGGUUCUGAUGCUGCAUCAAUCCAGACACGUGCAAAGUUAUCUGAAGAUGGGAAGUCGUGGAUUCUGAAUGGUAGCAAGCUGUGGAUUAGCAAUGGAGGACUUGCAAACAUUUUUACAGUUUUCGCGAAAGCAGAGGUAGAAAAUCACAAAGGAGAGAAGGAAGAAGUUGUAUCAGCUUUUAUUGUGGAGAGAGACUUUGGUGGUGUAACGUCAGGAAAACCAGAAGACAAGCUUGGAAUUAGAGGGUCCAAUACAUGUGCGGUAUUCUUUGAUAAUACACCAGUUCCUGUUGAGAAUGUCUUGGGAGAGAUUGGAGGCGGCUUCAAACUGGCUGUGAAUAUUUUGAACAGUGGUCGAUUCAGCAUGGGAAGUUCUUCUGCAGGAAUUUUAAAAAAAUUAAUAGAGUCAACAGCAGAACAUGCCAUUAACAGAAAACAAUUUGGAAAGCAGAUUAAAGAUUUCGGACUUAUUCAAGAAAAGAUUGCAAAAGUGACAUGCAGUACAUAUGCUAUGGAAAGUAUGGCUUACUUAACAGCAGGAAUGUUGGACACAUACAAAAAUCCUGAUUGUGCAAUUGAAGCUGCUAUAGUAAAGGUAUUUAGUUCAGAAGCUUUGUGGCACAGUGUGAGUGAAUGCUUGCAAGUACUUGGAGGCUUAGGGUACAUGAGAGAUUCUGCAUGUGAACGUAUCCUGAGAGAUUCCCGAAUAGCAAUGAUAUUUGAGGGAACGAAUGAGAUCUUGAGGAUUUUUAUUUCUCUUAUGGGACUUCAGCAUGCAGGCAUCCAGUUAAGUGAAACUGUAAGGAAAAUUAGAAACCCAGCAAUGAAUCCUGGUUUUAUUUUGUCAAAAUUAUGGGAAAGAAGACGUCAGCAAAUGGAUGACCCAAAAUUGAUCUUGGGUUUGGAGGGUUAUCUUCAUCCUUCCCUGCAGGUGCCAGCACAAAUGUUGGAGUACUGUGUUCUUCGGUUGCCAUAUGCUGUUGAAGUUGUUUUGUCCCGGCAUGGUCAGAAGGUAGUUGAUCAUCAAAUGGAACUCCGUAGAAUAGCCGAUAUUGUUAUUGAUAUAUUUGCCAUGACAGCUGUACUGGGGAGGGCAUCACGCUCUUAUUGUAUUGGUCUGCAGCAUGCAGAAAGUGAGGUGCUGAUUGCAGGAACAUUCUGCAAGGAUGCGCUGUUGAGAGUCAAAUCUGCUGUCAAAGAAAUUGAACUUGGGCCAGUAGCAACAAAUGACUCUAAUUAUUCCAAGGUUGCAGAAAAAAUUUUUGAAAAUAAAGGAUAUUUUCCUGUACAUCCAUUGACACGAAAUUUUUAGUCUAAUUUUUGUUGUUGUUUGGACUUUUAAAUAUUUUUUCUUUUUAUAAUUGCUGAAACUUGUUGAUAUUGUUUUGUGCCUGACACCACUGUGAAACUCAGUAAAUAUAUUGUUACACAAUUAAA